AUGCGGUUUGGUGAAAGGCUCACUUUGGAAGUUUUAGGCAGUGAAGACAAAUCUCAACACGAAGCAACAAUUUCUACCAUCGAAAAAAAAAUAACUCAAGCCCCACUCGGAAAAUUCUUGUUCACCCGGGAAAGUUUGGCUAGAGACGAAGUAAAACGAGGGGUUAAAAAUUUUCGGCGAGGAAAUUGGUCUGAGUCUUUUAACUCUGUGGCCAAUCUUACUAAGCGUGCUUUGUGGAAAGAAAUGAAUAAGACUAAGCAAGAUAUUGAUGAUUAUCCUUACGGAGGCGGAGCCGGAAUGUUGCUAAAAAUUGAGCCAUUAGUGUGGGCUUUAACUAGUAUUCAAGAACUCUACCCGCAAAGUUAUUUUAUUUUACUUUCUCCUCAAGGAAGAACAUUUCAACAAAAAGACGUAGAACGCUUGCUUAAUCAAGCGCCCAAUUUAGUUUUUAUCUGCGGACGUUACGAAGGAUUUGAUGAGCGGAUAGUUAAUUACGUGGAUGAACAAAUUUCCGUGGGUGAUUUUAUUACUAUGGGGGGGGAAAUACCAGCCCUGGCUAUCACUGAGGCUUUAAUCCGGGCUGUUCCGGGUGUUAUUCGAGUAGAAUCUUACCAGCAGGAAACCUUUACUAACUCCCGGUUAGACUUUGCUAGUUACGCUCCACCACGAAUUUUUGAAGGUUUGGUGGUGCCCGAAGUCUUGUUAUCGGGUGACCACCAAAAGAUUGCAGAGGAUAUUAACAAGUGUGACUUAAUAAUAUUAGAAGAGAUACUGCUGAAAUUAUACAACACUCUCAAAGAUAACCAACGGGUGGCCAUUUAUGAGGAAAUAAUCGAAGAACAUUAUCUUUUUUCUGAUUCUGAGAAACGAGAAUUAAAAAGUGGUUUCCAACAAGCCAAGUUGUUUAACCACCAAAAAAACCGGGGAAAGGCAAAGAAAUUAAAUUUGCUUGUCGUGGAAAAAAUGUUGAACCAACAGAUUCAAAAGAAUCCGAGUUACGGUUUACCGGAUGAUAACACCCCAGAACGGCAAACAAAAUUACGACAAUUACAAAAAAAACUAGAAAAAUCUCGAGAAAAAAAUCAAAGAGAAUUAAAGGGCUACUUAGAAGAAAUAUUUCUAAACUUUUUGGACGCUACUCGGGAAACUUCUCUCGAAAUUCUGAAAGCCGCUCGAAAUGGCGAAAAAUUAGAAGAACAAUUUGAAGAACGAUUUAGGGAAAAUGAAGAAGUCAAAGAGAUGUUAGUCAAAGUCAAAAAAGAAAUUGCCGAAAAAGCCGCAAAGUCUAGUCAAGUAUUAGAAGAGGAAUUGAGAAAAAUAAGAGAACAAUCCCAAAUAUUAUGUGAAAAAUACAAAGGGUCGUUUGAAGAAGGAAAGAAAGAAUUAGAAUUAUUAGAAAAAAGAUGUCAAGAAGCCCAAGAAAAAUUAUCUCGGAUUUUGGGAAAAAUAAGUGCCAGAGGUGGUGAAAUGAGGGUAAGUUUUGGUUCGGGAAUAGAAGAAAAGUUUGAAGGAUUAAGAGAAUUUAUUGGUAUUGUCAAAAAUGGUUUAGAAGAGAACCAAGAAAAAUUGCUCGCCUUAAUUAUUGAUGAAGAUUUAUCUUUUAUUAAAGAAACUUUUGCACAAUCAGAAAUUUUUCAAUUAAAAACUCUGGUCCAAUCGCUAAUUCCCAAUUUUGACGAAUCUCGGGAUAAUUAUACGGCGGCUUUGAUUGAAAAAACUACUGCCAUCAAUCACGAAAAAGAUUUAUUGAAAGUCCAAAUUGCUGAAUUAGAGAAGGAGAGAUUAGAAAAAAACGAAAGAAUUUUGAUUGAAAAUAUCAAAAAAGUGGCGUCUUAUAAUUAUCUCCCUCUUGGCGAAGAAGAUUUAAAAAAACUAGAAAGGGAUUCGUUACAAAAAGUCCAAGAAGAUUUUACUAAAACCCAACAAAUUGUUUUUAGUCAUCUAAAAGAGUGUGCUGUCAUAUUACUCAGCAGUAGCAGUGGUUUUACUAAUACUAGUGGUUGCGAUUUGCUUCGUCUAGAACAACAAGCCAAAACAAUCAAAAACGAGUGUCAAGCCAAGAGAAACAAAAUACAGCAAUUAGAAAAUAGAAAUCGUGAGUUGACUACUAAAAAACAAGAAUUAACAACUCAACUAGCAGAACAAGAAGAACUUCUGGAUUCUUUUCAAAAGCAAAUAAUAAAAGCCGAAGAAACCGAGAUAAAAUACAACGAACUAGAACUCAAAUACCGCACCGAACUACAAAGUUUUCAGGUGGCUAAUAACUCCAUUCAAGAAAAAGAAGAAAAUCUGGAAUUAUUUAUUAGUCUCCAAGCCAAAAAAAGGGAAUUGAAGCAAUUAAAAAGCACCUUAAAAACCAAGUUAGAAAAUGCUAGUCUCCUAAAAAAUUUAUUAACUAAUCAAGAGUUAUUAACCGGAUUGCCAACCGAAAGUGGUUAUCAAAGAACUCUUAGAUUGAUUGAAAACCAAUUACAACAAGUUAAAGAACAAUUACAAACCAAAUUAAGCGAAGAAGAAAUUAGUCAACUUUGCCAACUACAAACCGAAAUAGUUAAAUUGGAAAUGAAGUUAGAAAAAUUAUCAGCCGAAAGAAUGGAAAACUUCCAAGAAGAACUUGCCCAGGCUAAGAGAGAAGCAUGUGCAAAACUUCCUGAUUGGGAAGGGGAGUGUGAAUUUAUUACAAAGGAAGAAAAAGUAAGCAAAAGAGACCAAAUUAAUCGGGCUGUCAGUAGCAAAGAAGUUAAAAAAGCGGAGGAGAAAAAUGAACUUCCUAAGCAUUUAGUUAGCGUAGAAUUACUUUACUACCAACCAGAAGACCGUCAAUCUAUUAUUGAGAAUGAGGCGGGAACUAAACGAGUCUUUCUAUGA